CUUUCCAGGCCCUGAAGGGAGGCAGAGUGGCCAGUGCUGGCUGCCCACCAGAGCGCUGUGCACACCCUCUGUCCUCCCUGCCCUACAGCCCUGGGCUGUGCAGAGAGCUUGUGCCUUCCUCUUCCUUCUCGGGGCCAGCAGUGGAAGGCCCCCAGCACACAGUUGACAUCCAGAAAAAGUGAGAGAAGAACCACAUGCAGAGAGCUGAGGGAGAAUGAGCUUUUGGAUGCAAAACUACCUUGUCAUGAAUUCCUGCUGAAAGAGGAGAGGCUACUGACCACUGUGGGAUGACUCUGCAUGCUACUCUGUGCAGGUGCACUAUGCAAGAUUGUACCCCCUGUCAAUGUAAUGUCUGCAAUGUACUAAAGAACUUUGAUUUUGAAUUCUAGUAAUGUAACACUUCCCUCAAAACCAUGAUGUCUAGACUGGUGAAAUUUAGAAACAGAAGAGUUCCUGAUACUAUUUCAAUCCAUCAAGAUUAUACCUACGAAUGGAAGAAGAAGAAGAAGAAGAAGAAGAAGAAGAAGAAGAAGAAGAAGAAGAAGAAGAAGAAGAAGAAGAAGAAGAAGAAGAAGAUUAAUGGGAUGUCUCCAUUGGGACACAGUGAGUGUCCUAGGAAAGCUGGUGAAAAAACAUUUGAGAAACCAAAUGUUCAGAUGAAUGCAGGAGCUAUUUAUGUAGCUUCAUGGGAACAGCAUGGGAGCAGAUCCAAAACCAGGAUGAUUGUUUUGAGGGAACCCAAGAAGAAGGGUGAAUCAUUAUAGAACAGCCAGAACAUCAAUACAGGUAGCCUAAGAUGUUUCAAGAA